GAAUAGAUUACAAAACACACACAAAACAAAAUUAAAAGAAAAAAGCUUGAGAGAGUAAAAGGCCACAAACAAGUCAGUAUCCCACGUGCAUCUGGGAACUCGACCCCUCUCUCUGCCACAACCCACUCCUCUCUCUCUUCUCCUUCUCCUUCAUUUCUCAACCUCUCUCUCUCUCUCAAACGAAGAGACACAAAUAAUACUGAAAGCUGAAAGCUUUACAUAGAAGCAGAGAACCACAUUAGCUCACAAGAAGAAUCUGAAAACAGAGCAAGUAAGUUUUUUGGUCAGGUCAUCAAUGGUGGAAGUGAAAGACCAAGACAUGGGUGAUGGUAUGCAAUGCAUAAACCAUCCUUUUACUAAAAACCCUGGUGGGAUCUGUGCUUUUUGUCUCCAAGAAAAGCUUGGAAAGCUCGUAACUUCUUCUUUCCCACUUCCUAAACACUUAGCUUCCUCUUCUACUUCUUCUUCUCCUUCCUUCAGAUCUGACUCUGUCGGUAGCACAACCACUUCUUCCUCCGCCGCUAAUCUUUCUGCUUCGCUCUCUCUUUCCGUUUCCGGAGCUAGAAAUGUCUCUAACAACAGCAGCAACAAGCUUCCGUUUUUGCUGGCUAAGAAGAAGAAGAAGAUGCUCACAGCUUCGUCUUCUUCCUCCACUACGGGGAACAUUGUCUACAAGAGAAGUCAAUCAACGAGGACGACUAAGACAACGUACGGAGAUUCAGAUUUGAGCCCGAGAAAGAGGAAUGGGUUCUGGUCUUUUCUUCAUCUCUACUCUUCAAAACACCACAGUAGCAGCAAAAAAGUUGGAAACUUUAACCAACCCACAAGCCAGAACGAAGCAAAAACAGAGUUUACAGAGACUACUACGACAAUGGGAUCUUCGUCUUCUUCGUCAGCGUCUUCUUCCAUGUCAAAGAGAGCAGUGAAUGGAGUUAGUGGGAACAGAAACGGCAUUGAUGUGAUUGUAGAAGAAGAUGGAAGCCCUAACAUUGAAGUCACACCAAGUGAGAGGAAAGUGUCAAGAUCUAGAUCUGUUGGUUGUGGAAGCAGAAGCUUCUCUGGUGAUUUCUUUGAGAGGAUAACAAAUGGGUUUGGAGAUUGUACUCUGAGAAGAGUUGAGUCACAGAGAGAAGGUAAUAAUAACAAAGGCAAGGUCAGUAACAGUAACAGUAGUAGUAACCCUAGUAAUGGUGUUAGAGAGAUGGUGAGAUGUGGUGGGAUCUUUGGUGGGUUUAUGAUAAUGACAUCAUCAUCAUCUUCUUCAUCUUCAUCAUCAUGGGUAUCUUCAUCAUCAGCUGAACAUCAACAUCAUCAUCAUCAUCAUAACAUGGGUCAUGGUGGAGGAAGGAACAGAAGCUGGGGUUGGGCAUUUGCAAGUCCCAUGAGAGCUUUCACUUCAUCUUCUUCCUCUGGUAAAAGAGGCCGUACCAUUUCAGAUUCAACAAGCAAGAACACAACUCCAAACUUGGGUGCAAUCCCUUCUUUGUUAGCAGUCAGAAACUGAAUAUUAAAAACUUUAAUCUUUAAUGUUUUCACAAUAAGUGUUUUCUUAACCUCUUUAUUAAUCUUAAACAAGAAUGAAUACAUUAAUAUUUAGUUUUAUAUCUUUUUCCAUCAAGGUGUUUCUUGAAAUAUCUUGGUGAUGAUGAAUGAUCUUUUGGUAAUCAUAUUAGUAUUGUAAUGUCA